AUGCCCAAAAAGACCGGUGGCAAAAAGAAGGGGCAAAGUUCUCCGGAUGGCUCUGAGCCGCGGAAACGAAAGAACAACAAAAAGGCGACAAUGGAGCCGCGGGACGUGGAUGAGAUGCAGAAGCUGCAGGAACUUUUAGGGGACGAGGAACAGCCGUUGGGUGUCUCCAAGAAAUCGCUAGAGGGCUUAUUGUCCCUUCGGCAGCCGCAGGAGUUGGCGGUGAGGCUUGCGCAAUCUCUCUCCUCCCUGCGCGCGCGGCUUGCGGAGUUGGAGUUGGAGAGGCUUAACCGUGGGAGCGAGGCGCCGGGGCUGUCGAACAUCGUGGCACGCCGCGCGCAGGAGAAGGCGGAGAAGCUGGAGCUUGAGAUCCAAAAGACGGAGCGGGUAACGCGCCGCCUGAAGAUCAUCUCAAGUUUGGUGGGACACAUCAUUCGCUUGCGCGAGAAAACCCUUACGGAGACUCACACGGCGAUGGAGGCGGAGGUGCAGUCUCUUCAGGAAAAGAUCCGGGUCAAUGAAGAGCUGAUACGUGAGCGUUUCGUGAGCCGCGUCAACAUGCUGCACCGCUAUUGGCUUUGGCGCACGCUACAGGAGCUGGGAGACCAGACGGUGGGCUGGACAUUUGAGGAGGAGCUCGCACGCGGUCCGCGGUACCGCACUCUGGGGGUGCAGAACAACAUUGUCUCGGAAACUCUUGAGCAGCAGCUUUCGUGGCUGCUUGUGUUCGCGGAGAAGGAGAAGAUCUUCCGCGAACACGUGCGUCGCCUCGAGCUCCUCGUAGAGGAGUUAACAGACAUCAAUGACGCCCUGGAGGAGGCGUUGACGUGUCGUGUGUGCGGUCUGUUGUUUGAAGACCCAGUUCUGUUUUGGCCGUGCGGCCACGUCUUCUGUUUGGUGUGCUUUGACACGCUGAGCAUCGCGCCGAGUCUCUUCCGCUGCCCAACGUGCGGUAGCAUGGGCAGCGAGGGCUACGUGCACAACCUCCUUAUUGCGGAGUCCGUGGCGAAGUGGAUGUUUAAGGACGCGGGUUAUGGCGACAUCCACGGCGCACUGAGCCUCAUCCGCCUGCACCUUUCGAAGUUCCGCAAGGAAGUCAUUUCAUCGCGCGUCGCACAGCUCCAUCAGCAGCUCACGGAGGCACGGCAGAAGGAGACAAAAGUGGAGGAACUGUCGCAGAUGGACAUUACAUACCGCGACUUUUGA